CGUCCCGCCUUCGCGUCCCUUGUGCGUGUGGCGCUUGGGUCCAGCGCGCUCUCGGUAGGCCGCCCGAGGGGGCGGGGCCCGUGGUCGGCAUGGUGACCGCGUCGGGGCCCGAGGGAGCCCCAGGCGCCGCUGCUGCCCCGGGAGAGCCGCCGGGCCCGUGCCUGAGAGAAUGAAGAUCAACGCAGAAGAAAGCAGUGAAUCUGAGAACGAAACAGAUGAGGAGGAAGAUGAGGAAGGAGGCCUGUCAGAUGAGUCUGCAAACGAAUGCCUGAAAAGACUGGAGGCAGAACAGAAAGAAUCUCAGCACGCUUGUUCUCAGGACAAAGAACGAGCCCCGAGCCGAGGGCAUAAGGGUCAGAGGAGCGAUGACCAGCCCGGGGUCUCCCUGAUCGACUUGGAGGAACAAACCGUAGAAGGAUGUGAGCUGGAGGAGACGAGGCAAAAGAGGAAAAGGAAACAUAGGCUGCUGUCCAUCAACCUAGUGAACUGUAAAUAUGAAAGUGUUAGGCGUGCUGCUCGGCGCUGUGGCCUGAAAGAAGUGGGGGAGGAUGAGGAGUGGACUGUUUACUGGACUGAUUGCUCAGUUUCACUGGAGCGUGUCAUGGAAAUGAAGAGGUUCCAGAAAAUCAAUCACUUUCCAGGCAUGGCAGAGAUCUGCCGCAAGGACCUGCUCGCCCGCAACCUCAACCGAAUGCUCAAGCUCUUCCCCAAGGAGUACAGCAUCUUCCCCCGCACCUGGUGUUUGCCAGCUGACUACGGGGACUUCCAAGCCUAUGGGCGAAUGAGGAAAAACAGGACAUACAUUUGCAAACCAGACAGUGGCUGCCAGGGGCGGGGCAUCUUCAUCACACGGAACCCCAAGGAAAUAAAGCAUGGCGAGCACAUGAUCUGCCAGCAGUACAUUACCAAGCCCUUCCUCAUUGAUGGCUUUAAGUUUGACAUGCGCAUCUAUGUCCUGGUCACCUCUUGCGACCCCCUGAAGAUCUUUGUCUAUGAGGAGGGGCUGGCCCGCUUUGCCACCAUGAGGUACAUCGAGCCCAACAGCAGCAACCUGGAUGACAUCUGCAUGCACUUGACCAACUACGCCAUCAAUAAGCAUAAUGAGAAUUUUGUGCGGGAUGACAACACAGGCAGCAAGAGGAAGCUGUCCACCCUGAACGCUUGGAUGCGGGAGCACAGCUAUGACACGGCUGAACUGUGGCAGGACAUUGAGGACAUCAUAAUCAAAACGCUCAUUGCUGCUCACCCAGUUCUGAAGCACAACUAUCGCACUUGCUUCCCCAACCAUGUCUCUGGUUGUGCCUGCUUUGAGAUUCUGGGCUUCGACAUCCUCCUCGACCGGAAGCUCAAGCCGUGGCUUCUGGAGGUCAACCAUUCCCCCAGCUUUACCACGGAUUCACGUCUGGACCGGGAAGUGAAGGAUGCCUUACUCUGUGAUGCAAUCAAUCUCAUCAACCUGCGUGCCUGUGACAAGAGGAAGGUGUUGGAGGAAGACAAGAGGCGGGUGAAGGAGCGCCUCCUGCAGGCCCACCAGCAGCCCCGGGAGGCCAGGCGCGAGCAGAUGGAGAGCAGCCAGGCAGCCUGGCUGGCCCAAGCGGAGAAAUAUGAGGACAGCCACCUGGGCCACUACCGGCGCAUCUUCCCCUCCUGUGGCACCGAGAAGUACGCCCCUUUUUUCAAGCACAGUGGAUCCCUCUUCCAAGAGACCGUGGCCUCCAAGGCUAGGGAAGAGUGUGCCAGGCAGCAGCUGGAGGAGAUCCGCCAGAAGCAGGAGCAGAGGGAGAGCACAGCUGGGAGGAAGAAGAGGGACGGGAAGGAGAGCCUGCAGGGGGAAUCGGCCGGGGAGAAGUCCCAGGAGAAGGGCAGGGGCAAGGCUGCCUCCACCCGCCUGGCGUACAGCCACAGCAAGACCUGGAGCCCCAAGAUGCCCUCCUUGCCAUACGACAGCAUGACUCCACAAGCCAUCGUGGAGGAAGAGGAAGUGGAGAGGGUCAAGGCCCUCCUGCGGCGAGAAAAUCUUAUCCGGGGACUGGGCAUUGUUGACCAGUUGACCCGCCUGCUGCGCAGCACCGAGCCAAAGGCCAUGGAAAUCCACAGGCCCCACAUCAACAUCUCCGAGAACCAAAACCUGCCUUCCAGUAACCUAAAUGGAUUAUUCCAUGUUCAGCUCUUUGGAACGGUCUUCAGCAUGACACCCUUUGAGCCCCACUUUCUCCAGGACAUGCUUAAUAGCCACAAUACCCAGGACCUGAUGACCCUGGUCCCCCUCUCCCUCCUGAGGAGCUCCGCCCAGGAGCUUGGGCACCAGGUCAUGCAGCAGCAGCAGCCCGCCACACGAGUCCAGCUGCUGGGAAGCCAGGGCUUCAUCCCAACCAUCCUGGGGGCCCUCUCGGGUCUUGGCCCCUCUCACGAGCCACAGCUCCACCUCCAGCGACCCAAGAACAUGAGCUGGCUGGGCACGGCCAUGGUGGGUGAACCCCACAGUCUUGCUCGGAUGCUGAAAGCAGGAGGGCGGCACUUUGCCAGUGCCAAGAACAAAGCAGAAGGCAACAGCCCUUCUUCUGGCAAGAGACCCUUGUACAUGGGCUCCGGCUCCCUUAAUUGCCUGUCCCAUGGUGGAAAAGCACCAGGUACCGUGUACAGCAGCUUCCCCUUCCCGUCCGCCCCUCUCAACCGCACUGACGUGCACGGACUGGCCAUCAACUCUGCUUCAGCCCCCCUCAUCCGGCGUGGAAGUCCCCACCGCUCCACCAACGUGGCUGCAUUGCAUCUCAACCAACCCAGGAAAGGGACUUGACUUGAAAUCUCAGCAGACUCUUGGAGCCCAAAGAACUGGGGCUGGGGGGCACCUACUACUGAGCCUUGUGCCAGGAGGGGAGUGAGUCUCUGCCCUGGAUGCGUCCAGACACCUGCAUCUCUCUCAGCCGUUCUCCUGAAAGCUUCCAUAUCCACAGAGCGGCAUUUCCCCUCCAGCUAACAGCAAGUUCCAAGAACAGUUCCAUGCACUUUAGCUGUAUUCCUCCCGUGCUCUCUCUGCUGCCAGGUCCCCACUGCAGAUGCCAGUCAGCCUGCCCAAGCCCUGGACAGUGCUUGAAAAGCCCUAUGGGCUGGGAAAGGAAUUUCUUUUGUAGCCAACUUUAUAUUAAAGUUUUAUACAGUU